AUGACAAAGGAAUAUCGAGACCUUCAGCAUAUGGACAAUGAGGAGAACGACCAUCAUCAGCUCAGGACAGGGCCACCUCCUCCCCAGCCCCUCUUGCAGCGUCUCUGCUCAGGACCCCGCCUCCUCCUGCUGUCCCUGGGCCUCAGCCUCCUGUUGCUGGUGGUUGUCUGUGUGAUCGGAUCCCAAAAUGCCCAGCUGCAGAAGGAGCUGCGGGCCCUGAGAGAGACAUUCAGCAACUUCACAGUGAGCACUGAGGCCGACGUCAAGGCCCUGAGCACCCAGGGAGGCAGUGUUGGAAGAAAGAUGAAGUCGCUGGAGUCCCAGCUGGAGAAACAGCAGCAGGACCUGAGUGAAGAUCACUCCAGCUUGCUGCUGCACGUGAAGCAGUUUGUGUCUGACCUGCGCAGCCUGAGCUGUCAGAUGGCCGUCCUCCAGGGCAAUGGCUCCGAAAGGACCUGCUGCCCGGUUAACUGGGUGGAGCACGAGGGCAGCUGCUACUGGUUCUCUCGCUCUGAGAAGCCCUGGUCCGAGGCUGAGAGGUACUGCCAGCUGGAGAACGCCCACCUGGUGGUGGUUACCUCCGGGGACGAACAGAAAUUUGUACAGCAUCACAUAGGCCGUGUGAACACCUGGAUGGGCCUCUCAGACCAAAAUGGGCCAUGGAAAUGGGUGGAUGGGACAGACUACGAGACAGGCUUCAAGAACUGGAAACCACAGCAGCCUGACGACUGGCAUGGGCACGGGCUGGGAGGAGGCGAGGACUGUGCCCACUUCACUGAGGAUGGUCGCUGGAACGAUGAAGUCUGCCAGAGAGCCUACCACUGGGUCUGCGAGACAGAGCUGGGCAAGGCUGCAUAG